AUGGUUAGGAAGAUAAUAGUAGUCGGCAUACGUCACUAUGAAGAUCCAUUUGAUAUACAUGUGACUAACAAGAGUGGGCCGCCAGCAGGAUGCGGCCAUCAGAGGAACAGAUCUCUGGAUUCUGUUCUCCAAAGGAUCCCGGAGGAUAUGACUCCGACUUCUCCCGAUGGAGCACAGUUAAGGAUUUCUGGAGAUGUACCGGCGCCCAGGCUGGCACUUCCACCCGAAGUGCCAACAGGAUCAGAUGAUUCCGGGAUUCACACUCCACCUGAUGCAAACGACGAAGACAGACCACCAGCCCCCGCUGCCGCAAGAUCCAGGGAAAGCCUAGACUCUGGCAAUCCAGAUGAAACAGAAAAACCACCCGACCCACCCGAUGUAGAUACAAACGCAAUCUGUAUAUCAGAUUCAGCGAAAUCAAAAGACUUUCUACUGCGUCUAUUCGAAAGUAAACUGUUCGAUAUGAGCAUGGCUAUCUCAUAUCUGUUUAAUUCUAAGGAACCCGGUGUUCAAACCUACCUAGCAAACAAAUUAUUUUCAUUUUCAAACGAAGAUGUAGACUUUUACCUUCCACAAUUAGCAACGAUGUACAUAGAAAUGGGGGACGUAGCGGACGUUCUGAAGCCGUAUUUGGUUUACCGAUGUAAACAAAGUGCUGAGUUUUCAUUAAGGCUUGCGUGGUUGCUGACAGCGUUCUGUGGGGAUGCUAAGAGGUCCAGGGCGACGAAGUUGAGAGAUUCCAUACUAGCCGACGAAAUAAGGCCAGCGGCUAGGAGAGGUCACCAUCGAUCGCAGUCGGACGCGUCGGCUUUAAGGCUGGCGACGCCGUCCGGAAGACACUUGGGCGAUCUGACGUCGGGGCGCGCCUUCGACAGCGGCUGUGUGUGUAGUAGUGCGUGUGGGGAACAGUGCUCAUGUGGCGCCCCCAGACUUGAACCGCAGAAACAGUUUCUCACAGCUCUCACAAACAUCGGUCGUCGUCUGGCUGGAGUCGCUGAUAAAGAAAGGAGGAAUGGUCGUUUGAGGGCAGAAUUAGCCACUUUAGACCUCAACCUACCAGCCAGGGUCUGGCUACCUCUGCAUCAGAAACCGCACUACAUACUACGAAUACCGCCCCACGCUGCCGCUGUACUUAACAGCAAGGACAAGGCGCCGUAUAUAAUGUACGUGGAAGUAUUAGAAACAGAUGGCCACGAGCCGCUGCCUCCUCGUCUAUUGCCCCCCGCUCCCCCCGCGCCUCAUUCGCCUCCGAUCAGACAUACCAAGAGCGAAGAGAAUCUAGUACCGGAGUGGCCGACACUGUCACUGUACUCGCCAUUGGACGACUCGGACGCUGGAGACUGUUGGAGUCAUGAUGAUGACGAGCUCCGGGCACAGUAUGCCGCCAAACAACCCGCCCCUGACAGCCUUUCACAGAUGUCAGCGGUGUCGGCUGUAUCUGUAGCGUCAGUGCAGUCUACGUCAUCGUGCGGGUCGCGUGAGUCGCUGGCGGUGGGCGCGGGCGAGGUCCGCCGGCGGCUGGCCGACGCGACAGCAGCGCCGCCACCGAACGCGUUCAAACACGACCCAGCGGACCCCUCGGCUGUCGCUCUCAAGGAAUCGUGGGAAAGCAAGUUAUCCAGAAUGCGUUCAUCUUCUCCGUACGGUGGGCUCUCCGGUUGGAGGUUGCUGGGUUGUAUCGUGAAGGUCGGAGAUGAUCUAAGGCAGGAGAUACUGGCUGCGCAGCUUUUGAGGAGGUUGCAGGCAGUGUGGGACAUGGAACGAGUCCCGCUCAGACUGAGGCCAUAUGAGAUACUGUGUCUUGAUAAGGAGUCCGGACUUAUACAGCCUGUAUUGAACUCAGUGUCUCUGCAUCAAAUAAAGAAGCAGUCUGGACGAUCAUUACGAGCUUGGCUUGAGCUUGAACAUGGCCCUCCAACCACCGAAGGGUUCUUAAGAGCACAGAACAACUUCGUUGAAUCAGCAGCAGCAUAUGCACUUACAAGCUACUUGUUACAGCUUAAAGACAGACACAAUGGAAACAUUUUGUUGGAUAGCGCAGGUCACAUCAUACACAUUGACUUCGGGUUCAUAUUUUCGAUUUCGCCAAAGAAUCUUGGUUUUGAGAGUUCGCCGUUUAAGUUGACGCCGGAAUUCGUUGAAGUGAUGGACGGUGAGAGCUCGGACAUGUUCGCGUACUUCAAGAUACUCAUACUGAGAGGACUUAUAGCGGCGAGGAAACACUGCGACCAGAUCAUACACCUAGUAGAUAUUAUGAGGAUGGCGGGUCAGCUGCCGUGUCUCCGCAGCAGCACGGCGGUGUCUUCGUUCCGCGCGCGUUUCCACCCGGGACGUACGGAGCAGCAACUAAGGACUUUAGUUGACCGACUAGUGAGGGACGCGCUAAACUCACUCUCAACACGACUAUACGACAACUAUCAGUACUACACUAACGGCAUACUCUAG